AUGAGCUCCGCACGCAGCAACGGCCUGGCUCCGCAGUCAACCGGCGAUACCCAAUACAAUGUCCGCGAUGCCGCCCUCCGAGGAGCCUCCCUAGCCUUCAACAAACCGCCCGUCAAACCGAAGAUCCCGGCGAACACUUAUACAGGCGGAAACAACGGCGCCUUGUUGGCAGCGACAAAGGCAGGCGCGGCGCGGGACAGCUUGAAGAGGGACUCGACAGGGGGUAGCGUGCAGAGCGUAAGGCCAGCCGUCAGCAAGUCGAACAGCUCCAGCACCCUCGGCGUACCCAACGACAACUUGGACCGUUCGCCGUCGCCUUCCAACAUCGCCGCCCGACUGGCAGCUGCACGCUUCAGCCCCAUGAAGCCCAUGUCGCAGGCCCCCGUUGCGCCGGCUAGGAGCGCACGAGAUGCAGACGAGGGGGACGGCCUGCCUCCGACGGGCAGUGUGGGGAACGUCCUGGCGAGGCUGGAUCCCAAGAAGCCGGCCCAGCAGCCGCGCAAGAGGAGGGACAGCUUUGGCUCACGUUCUGCUGCGACUUUAGCUCAGCCACCGCAUACAGCCACCGACGACACGCCCAUCCCGCCUACGACCUCUCGCGUCAGCAUGUUUGAGCAGAACCGGCCGACCACGUCCUCUCAGCAUCGGCCAACCACUCCCUUGCAACAUCCUGCCAUACCCCUCAUCGUCUCCCACAGCUCUUCGCCACCCGUGAAAUCACCAAAGCCCCAACGCACCUUUCAGCUGCCUCCAGAGCCGGCGCAGUUCACUGAUGGCGCCAAAGACCUGUCACAUGUGAAUCUGACUCGAGUCCUGGCAAAAUCUCCCCCGAUCACACCGAAGCCAGCGCAGUUGGCGAGCAUCAAGACGAGAACCCCGCCGCCACCAAAACCCCCUCCUCAGAGAGGAUCUCGCCCACGGCCCGCAUCGCAGGACUUGUCGCGCUCUACGCCAGCUCACAGAAGGCUAUCUACUUCUCUCGAAAGCCACGAUACACCACCGUCGCCAGCGUCUUUCAAGUCGGCAAAAGAAGAACAAGAUGAGGACGACAAGCCCAAACCUAGUCUUCCACCGCCACGACGGUCAGCGUCAAGGAAAGUAGACGAGGCACCGCCUGAGAUUAAGCCAAAGGCCCGACCACAGCCAACAACACCAUUGCCAAUCAAGUCACGAAACCAGGAUCAGUUGAGCUCGCCGAUUCAUCCUCCCGAGUACUUCUCGCCUCAUCUAUCUGCUCAGCGUCGCCCCACGUCCGCCAUGAGUCUGUCCCCUGGUUCAGUAUACCACAACAACUACCAGCGCAAUUCUGUUAAGGAGAUUACAAAACACAUGACUGGCGAGUCGCUCUCCAGUGCCAUCGUAGGCGCUGCCCUCGCGUCCUCUCGCAACGUGUCCCCCGCACCAUCCCCUAUGCCAAUCGAACCAUUCUUCCCUCCACGCAAGCACCAUCAUACGCCCUUCGGCCGCUCACCCUCGCCGCCCAAGCAAUCACCACCAAAGGCAACCGGCAAACUACGCACCACCAUGCGCAAAGACCCUUCUUCUUCAGACGACGAAGACGAAACAGACAAGUACAAGCGUAAAGGCACACGCAUCAUGGGCUUCAAAGGCCGCAAGCAUCCAAACAAACACCAAGAAGGAGAGCGCAAACGAUGGCGCGACCAGAUCACCGACCGAGAGCGGAAACGCUACGAGGGCGUGUGGGCAGCUAACAAGGGUCUCUAUCUCCCCGAGCCAUCCCCGAGCCACGCACCUGUGGGCGACGACCCAUCUCAAGACGUCGUCAGCCUCAUCGUUAAGGAUAUAUGGUCCCGCAGCCGUCUGCCCGAGCAUGUCCUCGAGGAAGUGUGGUCUUUGGUUGAUAGCAGGGGGGUCGGGCGUCUCAAGAGAGACGAGUUCGUCGUCGGCUUGUGGCUGAUUGAUCAGCGGCUUAAGGGUAGGAAGCUGCCUCCCAGGGUUAGUGAGAGUGUGAUACGAAGCUCGAAAAAUAUAAUUGUAAGGUUCUAA